AUGGCCAACGACGAUGGCGCGAGACGGAGGGCGGCGAGGGAGGCUGUGGAAGGGUUUUGUGAAGUGUAUAAGGGGAUUAUGGAGGAGAAGAAUUUCAAAGUCAGUAUCUGCAGCCAUAUCCGUGUAUAUCUGGAAAGAUACAUUUACUUUAACGACGGCUAUGAUAGACAACUCAUGCAAGAUUUGCGCCUGAUCGAUGCCAGUCCGUCCGGGGGAGCAGUCUGGGAACUUACUAUCACAGAAUUCUGGGCGAAUUUGAACGGUGUGAUGCAUGGCGGUGCUUAUGGGGUGAUAUUUGAUAUGUGUACUGCCAUUUCCAUGAAUCCUAUUGCGAGGGAGGGAUACUGGGAGUUCCUAGCUGGCGUUACCCGAUCACUGAAUAUCUCUUAUCUGAAAGCUGUGCCCAUAGGGACGACGAUACGCAUCCGAGCCAACGUUGUCCAGCACGGGCGAACCAUGGCUCUUAUCAGUGCAGUGAUGGAGUCGCCGGAUGGGAAGGUGGUGUAUGCCACAGCGGAGCACCACAAGGUGCAUGUUCCGGCGCAGCCGGAGUAUGCGCAGAGGAUGAAUGAGUGGCGGCGGCAGCGAGAGCUUGCUAAACUGUGA